GGUUAAGGGAAAAAUAAUAGAUCGGCUGCAUAACUGUUCGGUUUACCAGGGCCAUCAGCGGGAAGGAAAGAUGUUCCGUAAUCAGUAUGACAACGAUGUUACUGUGUGGAGCCCUCAGGGCCGUAUCCAUCAGAUUGAAUAUGCGAUGGAAGCAGUGAAACAGGGUUCAGCCACUGUUGGGCUAAAAUCAAGGACCCAUGCUGUGCUGGUGGCAUUGAAGAGAGCUCAGUCUGAACUAGCUGCUCACCAGAAGAAAAUCCUUCAUGUAGACAGCCACGUUGGUAUUUCCAUUGCUGGCCUCACUGCUGAUGCAAGGCUUCUGUGUAACUUUAUGCGCCAGGAGUGUCUUGACUCCAGGUUUGUGUUCGACAGACCCCUUCCUGUUUCCCGCUUGGUCUCCUUGAUUGGAAGCAAAACCCAGAUUCCUACACAACGUUAUGGGAGGAGACCAUAUGGUGUUGGAUUGCUUAUUGCAGGUUAUGAUGACAUGGGACCUCACAUUUUCCAGACAUGUCCUUCAGCCAACUAUUUUGAUUGUAAAGCAAUGUCCAUUGGAGCCAGAUCUCAAUCUGCACGCACCUACCUGGAAAGACACAUGGAUGGAUUUCUUGACUGUAAUUUAAAUGAACUUGUCAAACAUGGCCUGCAUGCUUUGAGAGAGACACUUCCUGCAGAACAGGACCUCACCACAAAGAAUGUCUCCAUUGGAGUUAUUGCCAAAGAUAUGGAGUUCACCAUCUAUGAUGAUGAUGAUGUUGCACCAUUCCUUGAGGGCCUUGAAGAACGGCCUCAGAGAAAGGUUGUCCCACCUACUGAAGAGCCUGCUGCAGAAAAAGCAGAGGAACCAAUGGAGCACUGAUGUCUGCCAUUUAGUUUGUAAUUACAACAAAAAGCCCUUGUGUCUUUCUGUGGUGAAACUACACUCUGAUACAGUGACCAGUUCAGUUGAAAAGGUUGCUUAACAUCACUGUAUAUCCCAUAAUAUUUAGUACCUUGUUUUUUUUAUUUCUACAAAGACUGGUUUUUGCUUUUCUAUCAGAACCAACUUUUGAAAAUGUAAUUAAAAAAAAUAAGUUUCCCCAUAAGUUUUUUUUUUUUUUUUUUAACAAACUGUUUGGAAAGUACUAUAGUUGUGAAAUCAAGCAUUACACAAAAGAAAAAGCUAGAACCAUGUACUUCGUCAAUAGCCUGUUCUAUAAGCAAACAUGAACUGUUUUUAUUGAAAUCUCAGACUCCAGUAAAAUAAAUAUUUCCGCUUUAUUAAGCGCAGGGGAUUUCUAUA